GGAGUAUUAUUGACGAAUCCAAACAAGAGUAGGAAAAUCUAUGGAGAUUGGAGGGCGCCAACACUAACACAAACACCCUCUCGAUCUCUCCAUAAAUCCCACCCUCUCCAAAUUCCAAUUUGUAAAUAAAUAAAACUGGUAACUAGAAUCAAGAUUUCAUCCCAUCUCAAAUCCUCAAUCUACUCUAUUUGUUAAUUUGAUUUGAAAUUUAUUGUCGGCAUCUAAUACAAUUAGAAUAGUAGAAGAAUACUUGUUUCAAAGGUCGUUUUGGGUGAAUAAAUAAGCGCUGGGCGAAGCGCGGUUCGUAGAAUUAGCUACGUGAUUGGUGGAGUAAUAUAUAAAGGCGAAGAGGCUGACGCUGAAUCCUAAUCGUGGCUGCAGCUUCAGUUUGUUCUGGGACAACGAUUUCUUUCAUGGCCGCCAAUGCGCAAUCUCAGCAUCGCUGCGUUUUUGUUGGGAACAUACCGUAUGAUGCUACUGAAGAGCAACUCAUUCAAAUAUGCGAGGAGGUUGGCCCGGUUGUUUCCUUCAGAUUAGUUACGGAUAGAGAAACUGGAAAACCAAAGGGUUAUGGGUUCUGUGAGUACAAGGAUGAAGAGACAGCUCUGAGUGCUCGCCGUAAUCUUCAGGGUUAUGAGAUAAAUGGUCGUCAGCUAAGAGUUGACUUCGCUGAGAAUGACAAGAAUGCUGACAGGAACCGGGAACAGGGGCGUGGUGGUCCUGGUGUUGGCUCGAAUGUUGAUGCUCCAAAACAAUUUGGGGGUCAAGCAGUCCUUGGACAUCCCAGUCUUCAUCAGCCGGUGGGCGAUUCUGUUGCUACAGCUGCUGCAAGUGUCAUGGCAGGAGCUCUUGGAUCGGCUCAGACUGCUAGCAUACCAAAUCAGAUUGGAUUACAGAACUCGUCCUUGUUAGGCACUGAUCCUUUGACUCGCCACUUGGCCAAAAUGUCAAGGAGUCAGCUGACUGAGGUUUUGUCUGAAUUUAAGGCACUGGCUACGCAAAAUAAGGAACAAGCUUGGAAACUAUUGCUCUCCAUCCCCAACUUGCCCAAAGCUAUUUUUCAGGUUGAGAUUAUGCUUGGGGUAGUGUCACCUCAAAUGUUGCAGAUGCCCAAUAUUCGGCAAGCUUCGAGCCAACCAGUACAGCCUUUAGUGCAAAAUUCUCAAACUCUUUCUGGGCUACCCCCACUUCCACAAAGCAAAAUGCAAUUGGGUUCGCUGCCUUUUGCACAAGAUAGUCGAGUAUCUGCUGGUGUACCAAACCAAUAUGCCGCACUCCAGAAAUUUCCUACACAAACACAAAUUCAACAUUCACAACUAAACCAGAACCAAGUCUUGCAGCAAGCUCAAUUGCUUGCUCAAUCUGGAGUUUCCUCCCAUCCCGCUAUGCAUCCUCAGUCAUUGAGUGGUUUGUCAGUUGGCCAACAAAUUCCAGUGCCAACUUCUUCUUUCAACCAGCAAAUGCAACAUCCUUUGUCACAAAAUAUAGGCCCAGUUCCGCCCGCCAAUUCAGGGUUCAAUGCUGUGCCAAGGUCUCAGACUGUGCUCGUAAAUCCACAAUUUUCAGCUACAGGCUUUCAGCUUAGCACCCCAACAUCCUCUGGCAUGCUGGAAGAUACGGAUUUGAAGGGGCAUGCUUUAAAUGUCCCUAGUAAGACAAACCAGAUCGAUAGAGCUCCAAAAUUGGUGAAAUUGAAUGAUGGAAGAGCUACUCCUUCACAGGCUGUAAAUGCUACUUCACCUAUGUCCGUACCACUCCCGUCUUCGGGUAUUCCAGGAAGACAACCUCCAAGAACAGAAGAAACUCCAGACACUGGGAAGCAAGCUACUCAGGUAGUUAAAUUCUGCAAGCCAUAUCUUUCUAAUUUAUUCCUUUUGGAAUUGUGUGUCAUAUUUCUCGUACUUGCUUGUAGACAUAAUGUGUGGAACUUACAAAUUUUUAUCUUCAUUGUUUACCUACUUUGGAUUUGUUAAUGUUUAUUCUGAUUGAAAUUCCAUCUUCAUCAUGUUUUUAUUUCAAAUAUCUUUCAUUUGAAGAUGAAAAAACUUUACGAGAUCUUGAUCUAAUAGAUGAGAACUUCAUACAAAUUUGACUUUCCAAUGUAUAGUUUCAAUAGAACUCCAUCUGCUGAAAAAGAAAGAUGCUUUAACGGAAUAUGAUUAUGACUACAUUCUAGAAGGAUUAAGUGAAAUCCACCAGAACAUCUCUGGUUUUGAAAUUUUGCAUUUAUAAUAAGUAUGAUAUCUUUAAUGAAUUUCUUUUUUGAGAGCUUGAUCUGAUUGUCAACUAAAUUUUCAUUUUUUAAGAUGCAACUUUCCCCCGACUUGGAUCCUUCCGUGCUUCAGCAACUGCUAAAUCUGACGCCAGAGCAGCUAAGUAUGCUGCCACCAGAUCAGCAGCAGCAAGUAAUGCAACUUCAACAGAUGCUCCGGCAGGUUACAUAGUUCAACCUUUUUAGUCCCUGAAAUAGCAUAAAGCUGUAUCGAUCCUUCUUCCAAUGUGUUUAGAAGGGAAUUGCAAUUGUUUACUGUCAUCUUUACAAUGUAAAGUAUUGUUAGGUGUACACUAGAUGCACGAGAGUUGUACCAUUCAUGUAGCGUUGUGAGCUUGUUCUUGUAUUGGGAUGAACACAUCAUUGAAAUGAAAAGAAAUUUUGGGUUAUGCUUCA